UCCCACUGAUAAAACAGAGAGCUUCGAGUGUUAAAUUCUGCUGACACUUCUCUCCUUUGUCUCUCUGUGACUCUCUCUCUCUCUCUAGCCAUCCUCUUUUUUUUUUCGGGUCAUUUUGUAUUUUGCCAAAUUCCAUUUCCAGAUCCAACAGUUUCAGACAAACCCACUAUUUGAUCUCUCAUAUUUUCCCAUUUGGGGUUCAUUUCUACGAACUUCUGUUUGGGUCCCAAUUCUAUUUUAAGACAUUUUAACUGUUCUACUCUUAUUUGUUCUUUGGUUAUUUAACCACCGACACUUCUGUCAUUGAAGAAUCUCCAAUUUUCACAGGUGCUUGAAAGGGACACAUACGUUGAGGCUGCAAGAGGGUUCAUCAUGUUCAAGCAUUCCCCUCGCCGGAAUCUGAGAUCCCGAGGUGUCAAAGUGAAGCAUGCUGUUCAACUGCUUCUAUUGCUUGGCGUGUGCGUUUGGCUAGCCUAUCAAUUGAAGCAGUCCAAUAACAAGAGAUCACAACUAACUGUAAACACAAGGACAGGCAGUGAAAUUCUCAAGCUGGGGAGAAAAGAUCCCAAUCCUCAAGUGGAGGAACCUGUUGUUAAAGAUGUGAGGCACAAGGAGGAGGAUGAAGAAGAGCACAAGUCUGAAGAGAAUGAAAAUGAAGGAAAAGAAGGUGGUGAAGAUGAGGUAACUGAGCGUCAUGGUGAUUCGGUAGAUACACAGAAUGAGAAUGAAGAGAGCAAAAACAAUGUUGAUGAAGAGACAGAGAGUGAAGAGAGAAAAGAGAAGGAAAAUAAAGAGAGUGAAAAUGAAAACAAUGAAGACGGGGACAGAAAUGAAAAGCAAAGUGAGAAUGAGGAAAGUGAGGACAACAAGACUGAGGAUACCACAGAGAAAGAGAAAGAAAAGAAGGAAAAUGCAGAAGAAGGUCAAGAGGAUAAUAAAGAAGAUAGAGAAGAGAGCAAGGAGACAGAAGAGAAUGAAAAGAAGAUUGAGGACACAGUUUCGAGUGAUGAUCAGGUUCAAGAUGGGGUUGAUAAAAAUAAUGAGGCGAGAGAAGAAAAUUACAAGGGAGAUGAUGCUUCCAGUGCUGUAGCUCAUGAAACUCAGAAUACAACAACUGAAAAUGAACAACGUGGUCCGGAAGACUCUGAAGAGGUAAAGCAAUUUGAAAACAAAGAAAAGCAGGAUGAUGAGAAGGAGAAUGAUACAAAGAGUGGAGUUGAUGUCAACCAAAACGACUCAGGUUCAAAUGUCUCGGAAACUGAAAAGACUGAAAGCAAUGAUACUAACACUAAAACCACCAAAGAGAGUGGAAAGGAGAGUGAUCAUGCAGAUACUGGAAAUGGAUCUUAUCAUGAUUCAACAGUAGUUUCAUUUGAACAGCACCAAAUGGAUAAUAACACUGAAGAAAAUCAUGGUUCCUCGCAGCAGAAUGGGACAGAUACAACUCAACAUCCAGGUGAGAAAGCAGAGAAUACUAAUACUACAGGUGAUGAGUCUACCCAGCAAAAUGUUGUACCAGAGCAAACUGAAAAGUCAGAACCAGCUGGCAAUGAGAAUCAAGAUUCUGGGGAGACAUCUAAUUCAACAGUAGAGAAUGAAAAUUCUGCUAAAGGAGAGUUCACAGAUACAUCUGGAGCUUCUCAACAGUCAGCGACGAGUGAAAAUUUUGAAGUUGUUCAGAAGCUAGAAUCCGACAGCAACUCUGGAUCUGAGGGAACACAAGAAAAUGUGCUGAUGCUGAAGACUAAUGAUAAUGAUGGAUCCUCAAAUAAAGAUAACAAUGCUGAUGCAAGCAAGAAUGACAGACAGCAGAACACAAAUGAUAAUUCCGAUAAGAACACUGAUGCAGGCGAGAAUGAGAACAAGAACUACAUACAGCAGAAGACAGAUGGCAAUUCAGAUCGCAAUGCUAGUGCAGGCCAGAAUGAGAACAAAAAUGUUGUUCAGCAGAAUGUAAAUGAUGAUUCAAAUGCAGAAAAAAAUGCUGAUUCCAAUCAGAAUGCUAAUGAGAAUGGUGACCAAAACAAUGCAAAUGGCAAAGAAGGUGCAGGCCAAGGAGAACAAACCGAUGCCAAGAAGGAGACCAAAGCAGCACCAAACACAGACAACAACGCUGAUUCCAACCAAAAUGCAAAUGGGAAUGGAGACCAUAGCAACACAAAUGCUAAUGAAGGUGCGGGCCAAGGAGAGCAGGCUGAUGCCCAGAAGGAGAAUGAAGCAACACCAAACACAGACAACAAUUCUGAUUCCAGCCAAAAUGCAAAUGGGAAUGGAGAGCAGAGCAAGACAAAUGCCAAUGAAGUUGCUGGCCAAGGAGGGCAGACAGAUGCCCAGAAGGAGAAUGAAGCAACACCAAACACAGACAACAAUUCUGAUUCCAGCCAAAAUGCAAAUGGGAAUGGAGAGCAGAGCAAGACAAAUGCCAAUGAAGUUGCUGGCCAAGGAGGGCAGACAGAUGCCCAGAAGGAGAAUGAAGCAACACCAAACACAGACAACAAUUCUGAUACCAACCAAAAUGCAAAUGGGAAUGAAGAGCAGAGCAACACAAUUGCCAAUGAAGGUACUGGCCAAGGAGAGCAGACAGAUGCCCAGAAGGAGAAUGAAGCAACACCAAACACAAACAACAAUGCUGAUUCUAGUCAAAAUGCAAAUGAGAAUGGAGACCAGAACAACACCAAUGGCAAUGAAGACCAGAGCAAUACAAAUAGCAAUGGAGGCGCGGGAGUGGGAGAACAAACUGAAGUUCAGAAGGAGAAUGAAGAAACCUCGAAUGCAAAUGAUAACAGUAAUACAGGCCAGGAUGAGCAGCCAGUAAAUGCUUUAGAUUCUACUGUGUCUCAAGAUGAGAAAGAUGCGCGUACAGACUUGGGAACUCUACCAGAAAGCAUAGACAAAUCAAAUACAGCUGCAGAGUAACUUCUUAUAAGCUGUUGAAAUCAUCCCUAAUACGACCUUAUCAUUUUAUUUAUUUAAUACCUCCAGUGUUCAGGUAAAUCCGUGACGUUUCUCUACUUGUUGUGUCCUUAGUGACAUAAUGGUGUUGAAACCAGAUGUAUAAUUUUUAACGUUGCAAAGAUAAUUUGGAAGAUUGUAAGAUCUUAGUUUUAUUAAUAUCUCAAUUGGGUUCCCAGUUCUUUGAA